AUGCGGGAUGCUUUACAAACUGCCGAUGACACAAAUCAAAAUUUAUAUGAUAUGCUAGAAGUACCUGAUGCAGAAACGAGUUUUUUAUCAGGAUCAUCAACUGAUGAUUCUCGCUUACGAACAUUGGAAUUAGGUAUGGAAGAGGCAUUGGAGCCUGGACAAAGGCAAAGUCGUUUAUUAGAUGAGAUAUUAGCAGAAGGUAGUGAAAAUUCGAGUUUAGGAUCACAAAUUUUACCAGAUUUUUUAAUCCAAGAUGAAAAUGAAGAAACACAAGAUCUUGAUACAAUUUCUCCAGAUUCAUAUACUUCCGAUUCUAAUAUGACUACAAUUCCAGAAUUAGUAGAUACCAUAGACGGAGUAAAUAACGAUGCAAAUAUUCUCACUAUAUUAGACAGGUCUCUAAAAGGAGAAGCAAGAGAAUGGUAUCAUAGAGAAUUUGACAAUAAAAAUUGGGAGUUGGAAAAUGUACUUGAUAACUCGGGUAUAGGUGCAAAUAUUACAGCUAUUCGGGCGGCCAAUGCUGGAGCUAUAACAGGUGCAGGAGUUAGAUCUGAUAUUAGAGAUGAAAUUUAUAGAAUCGGUCAAACCAAACCCAUUAAUGAUAUUAUUGAUAGUUUAGCUGAACUCGAAUUACGUCACGGAAUACUAAAACAAGCACCGUUACAAUCCCGCUAUGAACCUAUUUCUUCUGCUGUUCCCGACGUAGUAGUGCAAUCUGGGCCAUCUAAUAAUGAAAUGCAAAAAUCCUUUCAAGCUAUGUUGGAAAAACAGAAGGCUGAAUCCAAGGCUGAGUUGGAAAAAUUGAAAACUGAAUUCGAAACAAAAAUGGCUCAACAAUCUAAAAAAUCUCGUCCACCCGUACCACCAAAAAAUUAUGAAGAAAUACAUGAACAUUAUGCAAGUCAGGGAGAUCCUAGACCAAGUCUUACCAAUGAAGAGACAUGGCAAGAGCUUAUAAAGAUGUAUGGCCCUCCUCCUAUACAGCCCAAACCAGAAAAAUUGCGUUCAUCAAAUCAAUCUGCAAGAAUAGAUAGAUUAGAAUCGGUAGUAGGGAAAGUAGCUGAUUCAGUAGGUCAAUUAACCAACCAGUUCAGUAAAAUGUCACUUGAUAAUCAACCCAAAAAACCUUUUUAUUGUAGUAACUGUGGGCAAGAAGGGCAUAGGAAAAAUUAUUGUCCAGAAUUAACUUCUCAGCAAGAACCCGUUGCUAAAUCGAAUUUCACACAUCGAUACUUUCCACCUCUCAAGCCUAUACAAUCUCAGCAGAGCUGGCAAAGUCAAAAUAUAUCUCCUGAUUUAGAUGAAUACGAUUCAGAUGAAAGUGGAUACAAUGAGGAAGAGAAUAGAUGGAAUGCUCCAGAAAAAAAAACGACCAUUACCAAUAGGAGUGAAUUUAAUGCAGUAAAUAACGCAUUUGGAGAAGCAUUAGGAUGGAAACCCGAUCUACCAUUCAACUUCUCAUAUAAAGGUAAUUCAGAACAUGUUGACAAAUCAUUAGAAUGGCAUACAGACGUACCAAUUUCUUUAAAAGAUAAGGAAGGAAAAACUGUUACUGUUACAGGAAAUUUUGCACGUAUUGAUAAUGGGGAACCAGAUCCUAUGAUUUGUUUAGGUAUGGCAUGGAUUCGAAAAGCUAAGUGUGUCCCAGAUGUUGAUAAAAAGAUAUUUAGCAUAGAAAUACAUGGAAAGACCUAUAUUAUUCCAACAUUUAGAAAACCUACCGAGAUUAGUAGGCCAUCAAGCUUUCACGCUAUUACGGUACAGGACAAUGAUACUGACAAGCAAACCUCAAAUUCUUCUACCAAGACCGAUACUAAAGAGAAAUCAACUCUUAAUAAAGAGAUUGAGUCGCAAGUCUCUGAUUUAUCUACUGAAGAAUUAAAAAAAAAAUCAUAA